AAUAUUUUUUGCUGGGCGCCUCUAGGCAAGAGAAUAGCAGGUGCGUCCUCAGCAUCCUCUCACCACGCCCCCUUCCGCUUUGACCCGCCCCCUGCUGUGAGGGCGGAAGGAUUUAAGCGAGGCGAAGAUGACAGCCCGUUCACACCGACUGAUGUAAACACUACUUUUACAGAUAGUGACAGUGGACAGAUAUGAACCCUGACGUUGACUACGGAGCUUCCGGGACCAGCGGGAACGGAAAGUUGCGACAAUGGCUGAUUGAGCAGGUGAAUUGCGGGAAAUAUGCCGGUUUGGUGUGGGAGAACGACGAGAAAACAAUCUUUAGAAUACCGUGGAAACACGCCGGUAAACAGGACUACAACCGGGAUGAAGAUGCCGCGCUUUUCAAGGCCUGGGCGCUGUUUAAAGGCAAAUAUCAUGAGGGAAUCGAUAAGCCAGACCCGCCGACUUGGAAGACACGUCUCCGCUGCGCGCUCAACAAGAGCAAUGACUUUGAGGAGCUUGUGGAGCGCAGCCAGCUGGACAUCUCAGACCCCUACAAAGUAUACCACAUCAUCCCAGAAGGGACCAAGAAAAGGACCAGAGAAGAGGAUGGUCCUCUAAGUCCGAUGAGGUAUCCUUUGCACCCUGCUUACCCUCCCCUGCAGACUCAGAUGCCACAGUACAUCCCUUCACCUGAAUAUGGCUGGAGAGACUUGAAUCAGGAGCAAGCCUCCUUACCAGAGCUCCCCUUCACUCAGUGCCCUUGUCCUCCCAGAAGCUUGACAAUGCCGGGCCCUGCCAUGGAUAACGGAUACCAGUUUAGAGCCUCAAUUUAUUCAUAUGCUCCUGCUGAUGCACAGCCCUCUCCAUUUAGUCUGGAUGCCAGCAUCAGGUCAGCAGAGUUACUAUCAGAUGCACGCCUAUAUAUUGCUGUAUAUUUUCGGGACACUUUGGUGAGGGAGGUUACCACCUCCAGCCCAGAGGGGUGUCACAUCACCCCAGGAUCCCCAGAGGAUAAGCACUACGUGUUUCCUGGAGGCCACGAUGUGGUGCCUUUGCCAAUGGACACCCUUUCAGCUCAGAAGAGAGCCGAGGAGCGUCCCCCAAGUCCAUUGUCCUCCUUUGAGAAAGGGGUGCUAUGUUGGAUGGCCCCAGAUGGACUAUACGCUCGACAGCUGUGUGAGGGUAGAGUGUACUGGCAGGGAGGGCUGAUGCCCUAUGGAGAUAAGCCCAAAAAGCUUGCGCGAGACAUCACCUGUAAACUCCUUCACACACAGGAUUACCUCACAGAGAUCCAUGGUUACGGGCACCACAGCCGACAACUGCCUCGCUUCCACGUUCUGCUGAGUUUUGGAGAUGAGUGUUGUGAUCCCCAGAGACAACGAGCAGCGCUCACUGUUGAGGUGGAGCCCAUGUUUGCCAGGAGGAUUUUUUUCUACUCCCAGCAAACCAGCGGACAUUUCUACCGCAGCUAUGAGCACUCAGGACUUACGGAGCACUACAGCUUCUCGGAGGGGCCAUCACACAGCAUCACAGCCUGCAGAAGUGACCUGAGCACUUAGGUAUAUGAAUCAUCCAUCAAAGCGCCUUUACAGAAGAUCAGGCAAAGAUUUGUAAUUCAUGACGAUAUUCUCAGGACACACUUGUUUUUGGGUGGCUUAACCUGUCACUGUGAUAAACGCUGUAGUGGAAAAACACAGUGAGACCUCAUCAUGUAAAGAACAUUCAGGGUUGUUUACAUGUAGAACGAGACCAACCUAUGCUGUAACAAAAUAGAUGAUAAUGGUCACGUGAAUUUAGGCCUGGGCCGAUAAUCAAUGAGUAAAUUAAUAGAAUGCUACAUGAAAAUGAACUCAAAAACUUUUGGAAAAAGUUGCUGCCUAACACUACCGAGCAUGUGCAUUCAUGCGCAUCAACGCUCUAUAUGUAGAUAUACAUAUAGAAAGAGCGCGCACUUUGCCGACGAUGUCAUGUUAUCGAUUUGCUUGAGCAGCUGGGAGACACCAAGAGUAACAAGCGGUAGAAAAUGGAUUCGAAAAGAUAGGUUUUAAAAAAAAAUAAUAAUAAUAAUAAAUAGGUAAUUUAACAUGGGACUUCUCACAGACCUGAUUAUGAAAGCUGCUGUAGUUUGGGGACCCCUGGUCUAUACAGUCUGGUGACAGAAUGAUUGUCAACAAUAAGUAUUUUCACAUGCUCAUAUAUGAAAAAUAAUUUAAACAAUUCAAAAACACUUGUUCCAGGACCAAAUAUUUUAAUUAAAAAUCUGUCCAUUACUUAGCCGUCGGACUACGCAAAUAAUGCGGGCUUCACGGUGGCAGAGGGUUUAGUGCGUCUGCCUCACAAUACGAAGGUCCUGCAGUCCUGGGUUCAAAUCCAGGCUCGGGAUCUUUCUGUGUGGAGUUUGCAUGUUCUCCCCGUGAAUGCGUGGGUUCCCUCCGGGUACUCCGGCUUCCUCCCACUUCCAAAGACAUGCACCUGGGGAUAGGUUGAUUGGCAACACUAAAUUGGCCCUAGUGUGUGAAUGUGAGUGUGAAUAUUGUCUGUCUAUCUGUGUUGGCCCUGCGAUGAGGUGGCGACUUGUCCAGGAUGUAUCCUGCCUUCCGCCCGAUUGUAGCUGAGAUAGGCGCCAGCGCCCCCCGUGACCCCGAAAGGGAAUAAGCAAAUAAUUGCAUUUUUUUUUUUUUUUUUUACAAAGCAGCACAUUUUUACAGAACACCUGCACUGAUAAAUCAAAUGUUCGUUUGUGUUUGUAUUUAUCAUUUUUGGCUUCCAAACAAGGUGCAAGAGGUUUCACUCUGUGCUGAGCACUUGUGUUCAAUAGCAGAAUCAAAUGAACCCUCGUUAGUCACCUACAAUCUUUUUUUCUUUAAAUCUCAGCUUUAAAACGAAUAAAAAAGAGCGGCCCGUAAAGACGAACAAACAAGCUUGUAUGCCAAACCCCCCUCACCCGACCCAGAUUUAUCAACCAGGGGAAAAUAUUUAUGGAAGUGCAAUUUUUGCGAAUAGACUGAUUUAAUUGUUAUUCUUAACUUACUGUAUUUCGGAUAACCAAAAGUUAUUGACCUUCCAAAUACAAACGUAAAAAACACACUGAAGAGAAAUACACGUUUUUUGAGUUUGAAAGUAUUACAUGCAUGAUUGUUACAUAUUAUGAUUACAUUAGUGCUGAAAUUGGUCUCAAAGUAAUACUAUAAAUAUUGUUUAUCGGCAAUAAUUUAUGGAACAAUAUUUCGUCCAGUAAAAUGCGUUAUCGACCCAGGCCUAUGUUCAUGUUAUAUCUUGCAAAAUCCAAGGAUUUGAGCCUCUUAAGUAUUUUCAAACCAAAAACUUUACCUUUUUUUAAAUUUUUUUUAUAUAAAACCUUUAUUUACCCAGAAAACUCCCGUUGAAAUUAAGAAUCCCUUUUGCAAAUGAGUCCUACCACACACAUUCAUACACCAGCAAGGUGGGUAAAGUGUCUUGCCCAAGGGCACAACGGCAGUGACUCAGAUAGCAGUAGCUGGAUUCCAGGAAUCCUCAAGUUUCUUAACCGUCUGAGCUACUUUGCCCCACAUUACACCAUAAUAAUAUGGUUUGAAGACAAUAUUUAUAUAUUUUUAUAUGGCUUAAAAUUUUCACAAUUACUUUAAUCAUAUUGAAUAGAAAUUAGUCCAAGGUUUGUGGCUGUCUUGCUCAGGAGCACGUGCACAUACACAAAAGCAGUCACAGCGACUAAAAUGACAAUUUGCAGUCAUGUUGUUGCUAACAUAAAAUAUAUAUAACUGUAUAUAUAUAUUCAAUGAUCGCUAAAGCUAGUUGAUAAACUUUGCCGAAGUGCUACCAUUAGCUGACAACACACAAAGAUUUGUGGGGCCUGAUAUAAUGCUUUCACCACUUUGCAAAAGUUAGCACCCUUUAGGCAGCUGCAUAAUAGUAGCAAACUGCUCCUUAUUACUUUAAGAAUGAGACAGAUUAUUAUAUUUGUGUUACUUGAAUAAGCCAUGUGAUGGCAUACAUUCAUUCAUGUCAUACAAAUACGAGAGAUGUCCGAUAUUAUCAGACUGACGAUAUUAUCUGCCGAUAAAUGCUUUAAAAUGUAAUAUCGGAAAUUAUCGGUAUCGGUUUCAAAAAGUAAAAUGUAUGACUUUUCAAAACGCCGCUGUACGUAGAGGUACACAGACAUAGGGCGAAGUCCAGAGCAGUUGUCUGUUCCAGUCAUACUUGCUAACCCUCCCGAUUUUCCCGGGACAAUCACAAAUUUCAGGGCCCCUCCCGAAAAUCUCCCAGCGCAAUCAUUCUCCCGAUUUCCACCAAGACAACAAUAUUGGGGGCCCGUCUUAAAGCCACUGCUUUUGCGUGCCGGCCCAAUCACAUGAUAUCAACGGCUUUUUGCACACAAGUGAAUGCAACGCAUACUUGGUCAACAGCCAUACAGGUCACACUGAGGGUGGCCGUAUAUACAACACAAACACUGUUACAAACACUGUUACAAAUAUGCGCCACACUGUGAACCCACACCAAACAAAAAUGACACAUUUCGGGAGAACAUCUGCACUGUAACACAACAGAACAAUUCCCAGAACCCUUGCAGCACUAACUAUUCCGGGACGCUACAAUUUUUUAACCCCGCGUCCCCCCAACCCCGCCCACCUCAACCUCCUCAUGCUCUCUGAGGGACAGCAUGUCCCAAAUUCCAAGCUGCUGUUUUGAGGCAUGUUAAAAAAAAAUAAUGCACUUUGUGACUUCAAUAAUAAAUAUGGUAGUGCCAUGUUGGCAUUUUUUUUCAUAACUUGAGUUGAUUUAUUUUGGAAAACCUUGUUACACUGUUUAAUGCAUCCAGCGGGGCAUCACAACAAAAUUAGGCAUAAUAAUGUGCUAAAUCCACGACUGUAUAUAUCGGUAUCGGUUGAUAUCAGAAUCGGUAAUUAAGAGUUGGACAGUAUCGGAAUAAUGGCAAAAAAGCCAUCGGACAUCUCUAACAAAUACACAUAGGUACUGCAGUUUUCCUGCAAAGGCUUUGUUGAAAAAGGAAAAUUAAUAAUAAAAUACUAAUUAUUCAAUGUGGAAAGCAAUGCAAAAGACAUAAAUGAACAUUUAACAUAACUUUUACCUUUUACCGAAGACUUCAUGGUGAAGAUCCAGGUUAGAAUGUGCUUUGAAACAUUUGCGUGUGGCUCCUGUACUUGAGUGGGUACUCGGAUGCGUGUUUGUCUAUGUGUGCCUGGUGACCAGUCCAGAGUCUACAUGGUCUCUCACAUGGACUCCACAAGUGAUAUCAUUGUCACAGUCGUACCAUCAUAAUACCGCUAGGUACUGAUUGUUAUUUUUCUGUUGAAUAUCUUAUCAAAUGCUUCUGUGAAUGUAUUACAAACUUCUGCAAUAAGCUUUUUUUUAAAUUUACAUGAAUAUUGCAAAAAAAAGUGUAGUAGAAGGCCAACUGUUGGUAUGGAUGCACGAUUGUGUGUCAAGGCUUUGUGCAAACAGUACAUUCAUGUUUCACAUAUCAUUUGGAUAUUCUGUAAAUUAGAAAAUAUCCAUGUGAGUACUAUAAACAGUAUUUGUAUAUAUUGGCCACUAAAUAUGCAAUAUGUCAGCUCAGCAAAAACUUGAACAAUCUGGUUUGAAUUUGCUAAUAAAGCUGGACGCAAAACAUGUGUUGAAGUCUUGUUUAACCAAUACUUCAAAUAUACUUGCUUGGACAAAACAGCUCAACAAUAAAAAAUAAUGCAUGCUGUCUAA